GGUUUUGCUCCAGUGUUUGGGUUAUACUUUUCGGCCGGCCAAGAUGAACCGAUUCUUCGGAAAAGCGAAACCCAAGGCUCCGCCUCCAAGCUUGACUGACUGCAUUGGCACGGUGGAUAGCAGGGCAGAAUCCAUUGACAAAAAGAUUUCUCGCCUGGAUGCUGAACUAGUGAAGUAUAAGGAUCAGAUCAAGAAGAUGAGAGAGGGCCCUGCAAAGAAUAUGGUCAAGCAGAAAGCCUUGCGGGUUUUGAAACAAAAACGAAUGUAUGAGCAGCAGCGGGACAAUCUCGCCCAACAGUCAUUUAACAUGGAGCAAGCCAAUUACACCAUCCAGUCACUGAAGGACACCAAGACCACGGUUGACGCUAUGAAACUGGGAGUAAAAGAAAUGAAGAAAGCAUACAAGCAAGUAAAAAUUGACCAAAUUGAGGAUAUACAAGACCAGCUAGAGGACAUGAUGGAAGAUGCAAAUGAAAUCCAAGAGGCGCUGAGUCGUAGUUAUGGCACUCCAGAAUUAGAUGAAGAUGACCUAGAAGCGGAAUUGGAUGCACUGGGUGAUGAGCUGCUGGCUGAUGAAGACAGCUCAUAUUUGGAUGAAGCCGCUUCUGCCCCUGCCAUUCCUGAAGGCGUACCAACUGACACAAAGAAUAAGGAUGGAGUGUUGGUGGAUGAAUUUGGAUUGCCACAAAUCCCUGCUUCCUAG